AUGCUCCGCCAAACCUCUGGCACGAUGCUGCUUGCGCGCCGGGCCAUGCCCGCUCCCACGAUGGCUUGUGUCGCGCAGCGCACUUUCUCCCCGCUUCGCUCGCUCUCGACGGCUCAAAGACCCGCAACACAGGUCCGCGUCACGCCUCCGGAUCCUGCGAUCGAGUCGACCCUCAUCAGAGGUCAACAUCUGACGCCGAGCGUGACGGAAAAGGUCCAGACGUUCCCCUUCAACAUCCGUCCUGCGCUCGCCAGAUAUUCUUCUAAAAAGGCUGCCAUCGCGGUCAUCAGGCCGCGCAGCGUCGCCCGCCGCGCCGUCGAAUGGCUGCUAUCGAAAGUCCUCAGUCCUCACUGGUUCGCGCCCUACGUCAAGAACCUUGCGUUCAAGCCAGUCCUUCUCCCUGUCUGGUUCUUCGAUCUGAGCGCCAAAGGCAGAGUUGCGGCGGGGUCCAACUCCUUCGAAUCAUCGCUCGCAACUCCAGCUGACAAGCUUCUGAGCGCAGACCUCCUGUCCAACAAAGCCGUUCCUGGCUGCGACUUGCCGCCCCUCUCGAACGUCGACAUCACGGCCUUCAGCAAUAUCCCUUCUGUGCCUCACGACCCGGCCAAACGCACGACCGCCUUCGGCGACGCUGUCGAAGUCCUCCCCUUCACCCGUCACCCCCUCAAUAUUCCUCAGAAGCUUCAAAAGCUGCGAACGAUCACAAAUGGGAACGUCGAGUUCGCACCUAGCCGACUCGACCUACAGACAUGGGCGACGUACCCCGUCUACAUCCCCAUCUACCUCGGAGAGUGGGAGGUUGCGCGAGGCUACGGAGGGCGGGAUCUGGAGCGCGUGACGACGGCAACGUACGCUGCUAGCGGGACGCUGUCCCAUCCUCUUGUCUACGGUCGCAAGAUGGGCAAAGGCUCGCCGAGCUGGUUCAAGCGGUUGCUCUUUCGCGGUUACCAGCAGAUCGCCCCCGAGGGCCCAGUGCGACCCGAGAACAUCGUCUUUCACUUCUCGAGGUCGGACUUGACCCGAUACACUGCUGAGAAGCUGUUACGGAACGCGGUCGACCAGCUGCGCAAGGAGCUGGAGGAGAAGGGCGGAGGAUGGAAGGUUUGGACGGACGAGAUGCCGGGGCAAGUGGACGACUUUGCCGCGAAGCAUGACAGAGUUAUGUCGUACAGCCUGUGGAGCCAGAUCAACCAGGCCUACAUCCACGCGCUUCAUGGGUACACCGAGGAGCGACUGAAGCUGAACUACGCGCGAAGCAUCGAUCAAGCAUCGGGCGGGAAAGCCCAGCUGUCGGAAGUGCUGAACCGCCUCAACGCAAGUGUCGACCAAUGGCGCCGGCUCGCUAACCUCACGCCCGUUUGGCUGAAGCCGACGAUCGAGAAGGAGGCGCCGAUGAUCAAGAUACAGGAUGCGACGACGAGCGCGAAAGUACGAGGGCGGCCAGUCAACCUCGCGAAGAGGCCGUAG